AUGUUUUCUGAGGGUUGCUCGCCUUACGGUCCUUUCUGGGAUCGCUAUCUCGAGUACUGGAAAGAAAGUUUGGCCAGACCACGAGAGGUGAUGUUUCUGAGGUACGAGGAGAUGGUGUCAGACACACCCAAUGUUAUUAGGAAGCUAGCAAGCUUCCUCGGCGUCCCGUUCACCCGAGAGGAGGAAAGCGGCGGAGUCGUGGACCAAGUAGCUGAUUUGUGCGGCUUCACAUCACUUAGCAACGUCGACGCCAAUCGGGCAGAUCGUGUUGAAGUUGAGCACGCAGGAGCUAAGCUCGUUUUUAAUCCCUCUUCGCUGUUUAGGAAAGGGGAGGUUGGGGAUUGGGUGAACCACAUGAGCAAGGACAUGGCAGCUAGAAUGGACCAGCUUGUCGCUGAGAAGUUCAAGGGAUCAGGUCUCACGUUCUGA